ACAAAGAGAAAUACAACUUAACCCAGCUUCCAAAUUAAGGCUAUAUGCUUGUGUAUAUAUAUGGUGGACUUUUGCCCCAAUGCAUAGCAAGUAAACUGAGUUGAGAGCUUUGUGAUCGAUUAUGGGUUCCUCACAAAAGUGGUUCUUUGUGCUCUUUCUUUUCUUGAGCAUCUUUUUAGAGUUGAGUGCAAUAAGUUUAGCAAAUGAAAAGGUUGAGAAAUCUAGGUGGAGGAAUGAUGAUUAUUGUAGGUUUCGUAGGAGAGGAUGUGGUCGUUUUGGGGGGCGUCGUGGAUGGGGAGGACGACGAGGUGGUUUUGGAGGUGGUAGAGGUGGUGGAGGAGGAUUUGGAGGUGGUGUAGGUGGUGGAGGGGGUGUUGGUGGGGGAGGUGGCAUUGGUGGUGGUAGAGGAGGUGGAAUUGGUGGUGGGUCUGGUAAUGGUGGCGGAUUUGGUGCUGGGGGAGGGGUAGGAGGUGGUGCAGGUGGAGGACUUGGAGGCGGAGGAGGCGGUGGUGCAGGUGGAGGAGGAGGUAUUGGAGGUGGUUCUGGUCAUGGUGGAGGAUUUGGAGCUGGAGGUGGUGUAGGAGGUGGUGCAGGUGGAGGACUUGGAGGGGGAGGAGGCGGUGGUGCUGGUGGAGGAGGAGGUAUUGGAGGUGGUUCUGGUCAUGGUGGAGGAUUUGGAGCUGGAGGUGGUGUAGGAGGUGGUGCAGGUGGAGGACUUGGAGGGGGAGGAGGCGGUGGUGCUGGUGGAGGAGGAGGUAUUGGAGGUGGUUCUGGUCAUGGUGGAGGAUUUGGAGCUGGAGGUGGUGUAGGAGGUGGUGCAGGUGGAGGACUUGGAGGAGGAGGAGGCGGUGGUGCUGGUGGAGGAGGAGGUAUUGGAGGUGGUUCUGGUCAUGGUGGAGGAUUUGGAGCUGGGGGUGGUGUAGGAGGUGGUGCAGGUGGAGGACUUGGAGGGGGAGGAGGCGGUGGUGCUGGUGGAGGAGGAGGUAUUGGAGGUGGUUCUGGCCAUGGCGGAGGAUUUGGAGCUGGAGGUGGUGUAGGAGUUGGAGGAGGUGCAGGUGGAGGAACUGGUGGUGGUGUUGGAGGAGGUGGGGGGUUUGGAGGCGGUGGAGGAGGAGGAGUAGGGGGUGGAUCAGGUCAUGGUGGAGGUUUUGGUGCAGGCGGAGGUAUAGGAAGUGGAGGUGGAGGUGGGGCUAGUGGUGGAUUAGGGGGAGGAAGUGGUGGUGGUGGACAUGGCGGAGGAAUUGGAAUUGGUAUUGGCAUAGGGGUUGGUGUAGGUGUUGGGGGAGGUAGUGGCAAAGGUGUUGGUGUUGGGAGUGGGUCGGGAGGUGGUGGCGGCAACUGAUCUCAUAAUUCCCUUAGCCAUCAAACUUAUAUACAAAUGAGCACUUUAAUUAUUACUCCAUAUAUCAUUUGAUUACUAGGUUGAGUUGGUGUUGUUUUGAUGGAAGAAACUACAAUAUGCAUUUAUUUAAUCUAAUUGCAUAUUAUGAUAAUGUAUUGCUUUUCAUUUGAAUUGUGAAUUUCAUUGCAACACUAAAUGUGAUCAUUUGUAAUACUUAAAUUUGAAUCAAAGAGUUUUCCAUUCA